AAAAUAUAAAGCUAUAUUAUAACUCUUAACAAAUUUGCAAUCUUACACUUGUUGAAACAUCUAGGUUGAAUAGAAAUAGAACAAAAUUAUGCUACAGCACCAUAUUUAGCAUCUUAGACAUACUACUACCAGUAAAAUGUUUCAAAAUUAUACACCCUAUUGGGCUGCAUCAAACGUUGAGAACAAAAAUACUAGGACAGAAGCAUCAGCCACCAAAAAUAGGUCCAUACAAAUAGAGAAAAAGUCAUCAAAUCAGCAACCCUUUCCAAUGAAUCAGUCACUUGCUUUACUUUCUCACAUUUUUUCAAGUUCCAGUUUUGUAUUCUUUUCCUUGCUUCUGUCCAUUGUUCAUCACUAAUUCACUACUAGUGUCAGAUUCUUCUCCAUCAAGUGAUUCAAUGAAAGAUUGCAGAUUUUCUUCACGCUCUUCAUCCAUCCUACAAAUUUGUUUUUCUCCUUUUGAGCUAUCAUCUUCCCCUCUAAAACAAAAGACCUGAAAUCAUUUAUUCUUACCCACUUAGUAAUAUGGAGUAUUACAAACAAAUAGUACUAUAUCACAUUCAAAAAUAAAUGACUAAACAUAGCAAAGUAUAGAACAAAAUACGUGGCACGUAUGGAAAAAACAAGUCCAGGUCCUCUUUUUGUAAAACUGGUAUGAAUCAAUCCUAUACGGAGCAAUUUUCUCAUUGUCUUAUGGCCAUACCAGUAUACGCUUAUUUUUUGUCCAUCCCUAUCCGUUCAUGACAGCUUCCCGUUUAUCAAUUCAGGCCUUUUUUUCUUAAUCCACUUUUCACCUUCAGUAUUUUUAUUCGACUCUGAAGAAGACGGAGAGUAGAAUUUUAGGACGCGCCUUUUGGAGAUCACACUCUGGUGCUGAUUCUUUAAUCGUCGUGCGAUCGGAAGUCAAAGAGGGGAAAGGGGAUAUACGAAACGGCUGCAGACACUCUGAUACAUACUAGGGUUUCUUGCCUUCUUGGAGGAAGAUAAACACGCUAUGGCUCCACCGCUCCAGGGCGUAAACGUGGAGCAAAAGGAGUGAAGACGACCAGUGAGUUGAGUAUCGGUGAUCUUGUCCUGACCAAGUUUAAGGGUUUCCCUGCCUGGCCUGCAAAGAUUAGGUUAUCAACACCUUACUAGGUUGGAAAAACAGCUGAAGUAGCUCUAAUCGGUCAGGAGAUGGAUGCAAAGGAUAUUUUAGGAUUGCCAAAGAAUACAGUGUCCAUACCCUCAGAAAAGAAGUCCAGACCUCAGAAAGAGUCUCAACGCAAACCUGAUGGCAUUUCGCGAGAAGUUUACGCCCUUACAGGAGGUCUAGCGCCUCUUAUGCCUGCUAUUGACAUAAAUCAUUUGAAACGACGAACACAGACAGAGAAUGAAAAGAUUACUUGGCAAUGGCUACCUUUUACUAAUUCUGCCCGAAAUGACAACUUGGAACUGUACCACUGGGUGAGGGUUGUAAAUGGUGUUUUGCCUAAAGAUGACUAUUCAUUUGCCAAGUAUAACAAGUCUGUGGAUGUUAUUCAAUACACAGGAGAGGAGUAUGAGAAGUAUUUGACAGAUCCUAUGUGGACGAAGGAAGAGACAGACCAAUUGUUUGAGCUGUGUAAAAGGUUUGAUCUGCGUUUUGUUGUGAUAGCCGAUAGGUUCCCAUCAUCACGUACAGUUGAAGAGCUUAAGGAUCGUUAUUAUACUGUAUCAAGGGUUGUCUUGAACUCAAGGUCUGCAUCUUCUGUUGAUGUUGUUGGGCAUCCCAUUCUUAAGGAAUCUGAGCCUUACAAUAUGACUCAAGAGAUUGAAAGGAAACGUGCAUUGUCUAUGGUGCUUUCGCAUACAAAGCAUCAAGAACGCAGGGAUGCAGAGGUCCUUGCCGAAGCAAAGAAAAUAAUGGAAUCACGUAAGGCUUCCAAGGUUGCUGAAGAGUCAGAGCUACCCCUCAUGUCAGAUUUUGGACCAGAAGGUCUGGAUAUGGCCGCUACUGUUAAUCCUGCUUCAACUUCACCCAAUGCUCAGUUCCCUUUGGGCACAAGUGCUACUCCCAUAUCAGAAACUGCUUCAACUUUAGCUUCUCUUCGCAUGUUGGGGGUGUACUUGCGUACCUAUGCACUUGAGCAAAUGGUGCAAGCAGCAAGCUCGUCAGCGGGACUUCGGACUAUAAAGCGUGUUGAACAAACUUUACAAGACCUAGGGGUGAACUUGAAGCCUAAAGUUCCAACUAAACUAGUAUGUGCGGAGCAUCUUGAACUUAGAAAAGAAAUAUUGACCCUAUUGAAUCUUCAAAAACAGUUGCAAUAUAAGGAGUCUGAAGGUUCUUCCUAUCGUGAUGGUUCAUAUUCUGAAACACCCGGUACACCAACUAAGCGAGCACAACGCAGUGCUGAUCAGGACAGGACAUUCGGCCCUGACUUAAGUUUUGGAGGUGAAAGAGUUGGUAAAAGGGAUCAAAAGCGCAAGGCACCCGGAACACCCAAAUUUGAAGGCUCCCCUGCAACGUCAAAACGUCCGAGGAAGCUGAAAACCUCAGAUGGAUAGCCUGUUGAGCAGAGCAGAAACACUACCUUUCUGUGAAUGCUUUCUUCUUCUUCAGGCAUGAUGUGGCCAAGCUGCUUGAAGUGGGACGUUCAGCCACACUGGUGAAGGCUCCAACUGACCAGUAUGGAGUAGCUCCAACUGACUGGCAUAGUGCUAUUAUUAUUAAAUUUUAACACGUGAGUUCCAGCCAGUAUUAAUCUGUAAAUUCCAGGUUUCUCACUGUAAUUAUCCGCCGGCAAACCUGAAAAUGCUACCAAAUAUUGAGUUGGAUUUACCACCACCAAGCCUAGUUCUUCUUCUUCUUCUUCUACUUCUUCAGGUUUUCUUAUAAAACUGGCCAAAAUAUAAAUUAGAUUGUUUUUUAGAUGAGAGUUUCACAAAUUGAAACAAAUUGUUUGACUUUGUAGCUUGAUUGUCAUUAAUUUUACUUGUAGCAAUUUUUUAAUUUACUAUCUCUUACGAUAGUAUUACACUAUUACUUAAGAUUCACAUGUUUACA